CGCGCAAAUGUUAAAAUGGGCCAACUCUGAAAAAUAAGAAAGUAUUUGCAAAUAAAUAUGAAUACUUUUUAUUCAUUUUAUAAUUUAAAGAUUGUCUGUUGUAAGUUUGAUGAAGUCUGAAGCCAUAGUAAAUAAUUAAUCGUCUACGCAGAUGAAAAUGAUCUCUAAGGUUUGGCAACAGAUGGGAAUUAGGUAAUUUCUCCCAAUGACGUAGAUUGAAUCAGUAAUGUUCCACCGGAAGGCCAGCAGAAGACCACGAGGCCGGGCCGGCGCCAUUUUUAAAUGUCAGCUGAUCGAUGGAUUCGAGUCCCUGUCCUGUUCGUCCAGCUUACUCCGAACAGAUUGUAAAGGAUCUUGACAAUGGGUUCGUUGCCUCCACUUUUCCUUUGUACUCAUGCAGACGUUGGACUCUCAGUUUUAUUCAGGUGUAUUGGAGAGAAGUCUAGGGUUUUCCAGGUCUACCCUAGUUUCUAUGAGUCCAGACUACAGGGUAUACCUGGGGUAACUGUCUGCUGUGUUGAUAAGGAUGAAUGUUGUUCUAAUAAUACAAGAAACUCAACAGCCACCAGUUCUAAAUCAGAAGAGAGGACUUCAGCUUCAAAAACUUCUUGGGAUGGAUCGAUUAAUAGAAGUAUAUGGGGCAGCUCCGAGUUUUAUAGUUCACCACAUUUUUGGACUGCCCUUGUGGUUCUUCUCCUGGUCUGUUUUAUGAUUUUUCAGAAUGCAUAUUCAUACAGAAGGGCCAGCAGGGUUCUUCCUAUAUUAGAAAGAGAAACGGAAGGACCAUAUUUGUCAACAAGAGAAAGUGGUGGAAUCAUUCAACCUAAAGUGGUUUAUACCAAUACAAAUAAACAAGAAAAAGAGAAGAAAAAGAAAAAUCAAUCAUCUCCAAAACAAAAGAGAGUGAUGACGGAAAUAUUAAAUGCCGGGGAUUUAAUGGCACUGGAGUUGGAACUAAAUAAGGAUAAAUCUGAUGAGAAAAUACUAUCUGAUGAUGAACCUGCUAGAGUUUAUAUCACGCGCAAUACAAACUCAAGGACUCAUAAUAAGCUGAAAAUUCAACUGUUUGAUCCAGCAACACCUGCAUUUGAGAAUCUGUCUUUAAACCCUUCAAGUUCUGCUGUAGACCUUUCACCUGGAGCUAGUGGAUCUAGUCCAAGGUUAUCCAGCUUAGACUCUGAUCCUUCAGACCCUUCUUCAGAGAGUCAAAUGGAGCCAGUCACAGAUGGAGAAUCCUCAGACCAUAGUGCAGUGCAUAACUUUAUGUAUGAACCGUUGAAUUUACCAAACCAAAUCCAGGAGACCUGCAUUGAUGUUCCUGACCCAGAACCAGUUUCAAAUGUACACAGUGACCCCAACCGGAUUUCUGUACAUGUGAACAUGAACUCCAGGAACUCCUCACCCAGUAGGCCCAUUACCAGCUGGAGUCACAGCUCUGGUCUAGAACAAAACAUUUUCGUCAUUCCAGAUCCGCUUUUGAACAGAACAGCAUCAACAAGAAGGGUCAUUUCUAAAGCGUCCAGUGUAUCCCAAAGGAGGUUCUCUUUAGACCACUCAAGCAGUACUAUUGGCCAACUGCUUCCUCCUGGAGCAAAGGGAUUAGAAUCUGAAGCAUCAGGAGCAUCAGGUACACCUGGAGUAUCAGGACUGGGAUCUCAUGAUAAUCAGAGCAUUAGUGUACCAGCACUAUACACAGAAGACCCUCUUAGUGUGAGUAUGCCUUUGCCUCUGAAACCUGCCUACCAUCCUAGCCGAAGGGUGUCCGGGGUCUGGAGAGAUGAAAAUUCAAUGGAACGCUUGUACAGAUACACUAACAUGGAUAGACUGGUUUACCCUCCCGGCUAUAUAACUUAGAUUAUUGUGUACUCUUUGAACUCCAAAGAAUGUACUGUGCAACUGUUUGUACUCUUUGAACUUUAAAGAAUGUACUGUGCAGCUGUUUGUACUCUUUGAGCUCUAAAGAAUGUACAAGAGGAUGUUGGUCCAUUUCAGAGAAAAUAUUGUUUCAAAUAUAUAUGUAUUUUAAAAUUUUUAAAAUUGUGUCACAUUUAUCGUUAAACCAAAAAUCUUUGAUUGUCUUUGAAAAUUCUUUUCUGUCUAUGAAAUAUCAUAUCAAUGAAAUAUCUUAUCGAUGAAAAUCCUAUCUUUAAAUUUAUUUGUCUAUGUGUUGUCCUGACUACAAAGUAUCCUAUUUGUUAUAGUAAAAACAAAUUUAUUUCAGCAUACAAAUUUUGAAGUAUUAUGAACAACUUUUCAAAACGCAAAAGCCUUAAAAGGCACUACGACAUCUGCUCUAUUUCCAUUUGCUCUAUACGUCAUUUGCUCUAUAUUCAAUCUGCUCUAUACCUCAUUUGCUCUAUGACUGAACACGUCAUUUGCUCUUUAACCUAAAAAUACACAAUAAAAUAGCUUUAUUGGGAUUCCUGAGCGUAACUUCACUACGAAAUGCGGGAAUUUGUUUUGGAAAAUUCGCAAAUUGCAGUUUUAAUCAGUUCUUCAAAGUUCAUCAUGACAGAGAGACUGCUCAAUAAUAAGAGGGGUAAAACAAACCAAAUAUGUGGUGAAAACUAUAUUUAUUCUUCUCUAAACAAAACUAUCUCCAGGAAGUUGGCGGAAUAAUAAAACUGUUGGAAGAAUUGUAAAAUGUAAAAUUGUAAAAAUACAGUUUUAAUAUGA